AUGACAGACUUCAACCCCAUGUCUUCCAUCAACAUCGCUGAGCUCGAGGAUAAGAUGAAGACGGCCGCCCUCGACCAGCAUCGGGGUUAUGCCCAGAAUCACUACCCGGAAGUUCAACAAUACCGUCCAACCGAGACCAUCCCCAAGUCAUCGGCUUGUGGUCACCAGGUCUUGCGUGAACCCGUCUGGAACAAGGGCCUUUCCUUCACCCCAGAGGAACGUGUGUCCAAAAACCUCACCGGCCUGAUCCCCCACGUCAUGGAGAGCCUCGAGACCCAGUCGGCUCGGGUCAUGAAGAUGAUCCAGACUCGCCAGACCAACAUCGACAAGUACCUCUACCUGUCAAAUCUCAAGGCCCAGAACAUCGACCUGUUCUAUCGCGUUCUCAUCGACAACAUCCGCGAACUGAUGCCCCUCGUCUACACCCCUACCAUCGGCGACGUCUGCCUCCAGUACUCCAGUCUCUACACUCGCCCGGAGUCGCUGUACAUUUCCAUCAAGCAGCGGAAAUCCAUUCGCACAAUGCUGCGGAACUGGCCCUAUCCUGAGCCUGAGAUCUGCGUCGUGACAGACGGCUCCCGCAUCCUGGGACUCGGCGAUCUGGGUAUCAACGGCGUGGGCAUUUCUAUCGGAAAGCUGGCCCUCUACACAGGUGCCGCUGGUAUCAACCCCGCCAAGACUCUUCCCAUCGUUCUGGAUACCGGAACCAACAACGAGACCAAUCUGAAGGAUCCCUUCUACCUCGGCCUUCGCUCCAGGCGCGUGUCCGUCGAGGAACAGCAGGCUUUCAUGGACGAGUUCAUGGAGGCCGCCAACGAUGUCUUCCCCAACAUGGUCGUUCAGUUUGAGGACUUCGACACGGAGAAAGCCUUCAAGUACCUUGACCGCUAUCGGAAUAAGUACAAGUGCUUCAACGACGACGUCCAGGGAACUGGCGCCGUUAUCCUGGGAGGCUACAUCGGUGCUGUCAACCUGUCCGGCGUGCCUGUUGAUGAGCAGCGUCUGGUUUUCAUGGGUGCCGGUUCCGCCGGCGUUGGCGUCGCGAAGCAACUGGUCGAGUACUACACCCGGAGAGGCCUCAGCGAAGAAGAAGCGAAGCGGAAGUUUUGGCUCGUCGACACCAAGGGUCUAGUCACCCAGGACCGUGGCGAUGAGCUCGCCGAGCACAAGAAGUACUUUGCCCGCACGGACAACAACGGCCAUCAAUUCCGCACCCUGGAAGAGGUGAUUGAGUAUGUCAAGCCGUCUGCCUUGAUCGGUCUCACGGCCACCUUCGGCGUCUUCACCGAGUCGGUUGUGCGAGCCCUCAAGGCCUCGGUGGACGCUGGUGGUCUCGGUCGCCGGCCCAUCCUGUUCCCCCUCAGCAAUCCCCUCACCAAGGCCGAGUGCACAUUCGAGCAGGCUGUGCAAUGGACUGACGGCACUGUCAUCUUUGCUUCGGGUUCGCCCUUCUCGUCCUUUGCUAUGAAGACCCCGGACGGCAAUGUCGUCGACUACAAUCCCAACCAGGGCAACAAUGUCUACGUCUUCCCUGGUCUUGGCCUCGGUACCAUCUUGGCCAAGGCCACCAAGGUCACCGACAACAUGGUGUACACUUCGGCCGCCGCCCUGGCCGAGUCUCUGAACACUGACGAGCUCCGCAAGGGCUUGAUCUACCCCAGGAUCGAACGCGUCCGCGAUGCCAGCUUGAUCGUCGCCCGCGAGGUCAUGAAGGCCGCGCGGAGGGAUGGCGUCUCCAAGCUUUCCGACGAGCAAUGGCAUGAGUGGGAGGAGUGGGGCGACGUUGCCCUGACCGCCUACAUCAAGGAGCGCAUGUAUGAUCCGGUCUCCUUUCCUACUGAGAGGGCUCGCUUCUGA